AUGUCUGGAUCUACAAUUCACUUUCACGGAGAUUCUACAAUCAACAAUGGGAAUCUCAUAUCUUCAGGUACAGCUAAUAUUUCGUGUACGAAACCCAAGACUAACGAUCAGGAAAACAAACCCAGUGAAGUUGCAACUUCUUUAAUGCCGAAAGAGACUGAAAAUAUCUAUUCUAAUAAAAUAAGAGGAAACGAGAAGGAGGUGAUUGAUGAUCAAGACCAAGAAGGGGUGAAAGAUGCGACCAGUGGUGAAGAGGCAAAGAAAACGACAAAAGUGGCGAAGAAUAAAGUUAGAAUAAGCAAGGAAAAUCGAGAGGAAUUUGAUACAGCAUUUAAGUCAAUGGAUGAACAAUUCAUGUGGAAACUUUCGACCAGAAGAUUCGUCGAAAAAGAGUUAUAUGGACUAGGACAAGAGCUUGAGUUCGAGCAUGCUAUCCAUUCUUUCAUUAUAGACGUUGAUGAUGGAUUAAUUUCAUCGCAUUUCAAUAGCACAGAACUCGACGAAAUCGAUUGUGCCGCCGGUCCUCACGAACCUGAUCUCUCAGAUCAAAUUGCUGAAUUUUUAUAUGAAUUCGUUGGCAAGACUAGACUGAAUGAGAUACGAGAGGCCAUAAAGUCAAAGAUGUUCGGUAACAAUUAUGUUCAUGAAAACCAUCACGAUAAGGAUUAUAUCAUAUAUGCACUUUACUCAUUUUCGAGAAAUUCAAUGUGGGACCAUGAGAGACCCAAAACUGGAAGCGUGGUUCAAUUGUCACAUUUGGAACGUAAUCUUUGA